AGUUAUUUAAAAAUACAUAGAACUUGAAUAUUUUUCAAUAUAUUUGAAUCUAUUAUUUUGUGUUUGUACUUUUAAUGUAAUGAUUAUUUAACCUUAAUUAACUUUAUAAUUGUUUCGUAAAAUCCAAUACGAUCAGUUUCUUGAUCUUGACCUACAAACUCGAUUUGUAUACAUGCUGAUCCUUAAUACACUAUCAAUUCUUAUUAACGUUGCAUUCAUAGUGUUUAUAUCACUGCUGUCUAUGAAUAUAGUACGACAGUUCAGUAGCAGUGCUCGCAAAAUGGCUUUAAUAGCGCCAGCGUUAUUUGUGAACCACGGCGGAGGUCCUAUGCCUCUACUAGGAGAUAAGGACCACGCAGGAUUGACAAGAUUCCUUCGUGAUGAUGUGAAGAAGUAUAUAAAUUUGAAGGAAAUAAAAGCUAUAAUUCUGGUGACCGCGCAUUGGGAAGAAAGCGUCGUUACGAUAUCGUCGGCGAAACAUCAUGAUUUGUAUUUCGAUUACUACGGAUUUCCACCCGAAUCAUAUCGCUACAAGUAUGAAGCCCCCGGUGAACCGGAGCUAGCGAAGCGUAUACACGAAGUUUUAAAAAAAGAAGGCGUUCCAUCUAAGUUGGAUCCGAAAAGAGGUUGGGACCAUGGAGUUUUCGUUCCUAUGAUGUUGAUUAAUCCUACAGCUGAUAUACCCAUAGUGCAAAUAUCUGUAUUGUCCAAUCAGGAUCCUGAACAACAUUACAAUUUGGGUAAGAUUUUGUACCAAUUUCGGAAAGAAGGUAUUGCUGUGUUCGGCUCAGGAAUGUCAUACCACAACAUGAGGGAGUUUAUGAGCAGUAGGAGUCGGGGAGAAGUAGUUAAUGAGGAGUUUGAUGAUUUUCUGUACAGUAUUUGCACUUCUGAGGAUGAGGAGAAGAGGAAAGAAGGUUUUAUAGCAUGGAGACAGCAAACAGGAGCGACGGAAGCCCACCCAAUGAGAGCGGCCGAGCAUUUCAUGCCAUUGGUUGUGGUAGCUGGAGCUGGUGGGUCACAGGCCGGGAAAAGAGUAUUCAACUGGGACAUGAGUGGGACCUUUAGAUUGAGUGGGUUUAUUUGGAAAGAUGAGUGAAGUUUGUCCUGAGCCUUCAAAAAUGUAAUGUUUUUUUUGUACAGAUUUUUAUGUUCUUUUUUUGAAUAAGUGUAUAAAAUUAAAAAUAAAUCAGAAUCAGAUAAAGCAUUAUGUGUUGCAUACUAUGGAGUAGGCUUUAUAAAGUUAAGAAAAAGAGCAAUAAAGCAACUAUUUUUAAUACUAAAGAAAAAACAUUCCAAAAUACUGGACAAGAAGAAUGAGCGAGGCACUUGUGUGUUACUCUUUUAAAUAAAUGUUGUGCUGAAUUACAGUUUUAAGAAUUUUGCUAAAACUGCUAUUGUAUACUCAAGGAAAUUAUAAAUAAAAACUAUAAUAUAAAAUAUUCAACUGUUUAUAAAAUAAGAGUUAAUUAA